GGCCCGAGCGCUGGGCCCGGCCUGAGCGGGGUGGCGGCGGCUACGGCGGCUGCUGCGAGCGGGCGGCGAAGGGCGAGCGGACCCGCGGGCGCGGCACUCGGCGAGGAGCUGAGGCGCCGCGGGGAUGAAGGACCGGCUGGCUGACCUAGCAGAGUGUAAAGGAAAUGAAGAUGGAGAGACUGUUGUUGUUGAAAAAGACCAUUUUAUGGAUGACUUUUUCCAACAGGUUGAGGAAAUUAGAAAUAACAUAGCAAAAAUAGCACAGAAUGUGGAAGAAGUGAAAAAACAGCACAGCAUUAUCUUGUCAGCACCAAAUCCUGAAGGGAGAACAAAGGAGGAACUUGAAGAAUUAAAUGAGGAAAUAAAGAAGAUUGCUAAUAAAAUUCGAGCUAGGUUAAAAGCUAUUGAACAAAGCUUUGAUCAGGGUGAAAAUGCGAAUCGAACAUCAGUGGAUCUCAGAAUAAGAAAAACUCAGCACUCUGUAUUAGCUCACAAGUUUGUGGAGGUCAUGACGGAAUACAACGAGACCCAAACUCUUUUUCGAGAGCGCAGCAAAGGUCGGAUACAGAGGCAAUUAGAGAUAACUGGAAAGACCACCACAGAUGAGGAACUGGAGGAAAUGUUAGAGAGUGGUAAUCCUUCAAUUUUCACUUCUGACAUUAUAUCAGACUCCCAAAUAACUAGGCAAGCUCUGAAUGAAAUUGAGUCACGGCACAAGGAUAUUAUGAAACUGGAGUCCAGUAUACGGGAGCUACACGAAAUGUUUAUGGACAUGGCUAUGUUUGUUGAGACUCAGGGUGAAAUGAUCAACAACAUAGAAAAGAAUGUGAUGAGUGCAACAGAUUAUGUGGAACAUGCUAAAGAAGAGACAAAGAAAGCGGUUAAAUAUCAAAGUAAAGCACGAAGGAACAUCCUAAAAUGAAGCUCUUGUAUUAAUAGUAGACCAAAUGAAACCAAAUGCCAAUGUAUUUGUAAGAGAAAAUCUGCAGAGAUUCAAACCUGAAUUUGAGGAUGUAAAUGAGAAUUCUUUCAAUCUUCGUACUCUUGCUAUACUAAUCUACUUCUUAUCAUAAUAACAUCUAGCCAGGCUAAGGAGAUGGUAGUGAUUAACUCAGAAGAGUCCAGCAGCUCAACUUUCUCCCUCUGGGGUCUUCAAAAUGUUUAUGAAGGACCAUGGGGGAGUGUGUUCAUUUCAGACUUAACACUAGUUUGGAGUUUCUUCUCACCUUUGGUUUAUAUGCAGAUAACAGGCUUUACUGUACUGUUGCUGUCAGAACGACAUGAUCUAACGUCACACCUCUAUGCAUAUUCAUACAACCUGUUAAUUUUUGUGCAGCGCUUCUGAGCUGCUAACUAUACAGUAUUCUUAGUGAUGGUUUGUUCAGUUCCCCUGUGUGCAACUGCAAAAGUUUGAACAGGCUACAAAUAUUUAUCCAAGGUGGGCAGCUCUAGGCAGUGUUAGUAUAUUUGACUUUGAUGAGUAGCUGUUUGUUGUUGUGGUUGUUAUUAUAUGUAAUACUUACGGAAGUUGCAUAUGGGUAAUAAUUAUUCUCAAAAUAAAAAUACAAAAUUCUUACACUCCUUAGCUACUAACUGUGAUUGUGUGUUAGAAAAGAAUGACUGACAACAGGAAAUCGUGGCAGUAAGUUUUAUUCAAAAAGAAAAUUUAAGCUUGAAAUAGAUACCGGUGUUAUCAAUUUGCUGUGGGUAUGCAGGUAUUUAAGUAGUUCUGUAUCUGACAGGAUGCUUCAAUCUAAACUUCUUUUUUUUUUUUUUUUUUUUUUU